AAAUAACGGAGUGUAGCUGUUACAGAAAAACGAUGGCGUACGAGUGAAACGGUUGUGCAAAAACAAAAUUAAAGGAAGUUUUUGUUUUUCAUUAUAGUGCGUUCGGUUGCGAGUGUGUGUGUGUAUGCGAAAGCUUAACGGGUUUUACGGAAGUGUGGUGAAUAUUUAGCAUGAAAAUAGAAAUUCAACAUACAUAGUUGAAGCCAAAAAGGAAAAAUAAGCCCAGAAUAAUAAUCGUAGUAAAUAACAACAAAGAAAGUUUACAUACAUAAAAAAGUGUUGAUUAUAAUUUCGUUAGUUUGAUAAAGCAGUAUGAUGAUGAACUAACUAAAGGGUAGAGAGAGAGUGAGAAAGAAAGGAUGCUGUAAAGUGUGUGUUUUUUGAUAAAUUUGUGCUUGACUGAUAUUUUCAGUGUUUGUGAAAAUUAUUAUUAAAACAGAAUAACGGCAGCAGCUGAUGGUUAAGGACCAUUAUUAACGGAUGCUGGCCGCCGAAAGGAAAACGAAUUUCUUACUGUUUUUUUACAAAAAUGUUUAACGUUUUCUAACACAUUUACAAUUCGACAAUUCAAGCUAGACUUUAAGACGACUUUGCCAGCUUUUAUGCUAGAUUCUAAAAGACUUUUGCUUAACAACAAAUAGUGUUUGGGUGUAAAAAAGAAUAAUAAUUUUUUUUAUUUCAACUUGUAUUGUGCUACCAUGUCUCAGUGGCAUUGUUUAACUUUGUUUGAUGCCUUUGCCGUCAUAUGCAAAUUGGUGUAAAUUUUAUUUUUACCGGUUUUACGUUGGUUAGCAAGUGUUGUUUGUGGUUGUUUUUGUUUAUAUUUAAAAGAAAAAAAGUUUUUAAACUUGUGCAUGUUUACAACAACAUCAAAGAAGGUGCUAAAGUGCAGCCAUAACCGUGACAUGAACAUAAAAUUACCAUCAUCAUCAUCACCAUCUAAUGGACUUUAUCAUUGAAAUUUCUUUGUGGAGUGCUAGUGUUUUCAAAACAAAAUAAAAGGUGUUAAAUCUGUAAAAGGCCAACAAAGAUAGUUUGGCUCUUCAAAACUUAAUUAAAAAUUUUCCAUAUAAUAAAUUACAUAAAUUUAAAAAAAGAAAAUCAACAAAUUCCCUCACAAGCUUGAGAAAAUUCCUGUGAAUAAAGAAAACCAUAAAAACGCAUAUUUUAAAACGUAAUUAGUAAUUACAAAACGUGUUUGUACAUGCACGUGCGUGCUUUAAAACGAAAAAGAGUGUUAAUAAUAUAAAACGUGAUUUUAGAAGUUCUCAUUAAUAAUAAUAAGAAAAAAAUGUAUCAUCGAAAGCCUACCUUGUGGUUUAGCAGCCUAUUAGUGCUCUUGUGUGCUGCCAGCUUAACUUUGGCCAAAUCUUCGCUUUCUAAUGGCAACCACAAUAAUGAUCCUUGCUAUUUUGAGGGAAAACCACGUAAAUGUUUGCCUAGCUUUGUUAAUGCUGCCUAUGGCAAUCCAGUGCAGGCAUCCAGCACCUGUGGUACUCAUCAGCCUGAAAGAUAUUGUGAACUGAAACGUGAUGGUUUGAUGGAUGAGUGUCGCAUGUGUGAUAAUUCAAGACCAGAUUUGAAAUUUCCACCACAAUCGCUAACCGAUUUAAAUAAUCCCAACAAUGUUACUUGCUGGCGUUCGGCCACCGUGCCGGUACCCACUGAUCCGGAUACAGCUCCUCCCGAUAAUGUCACAUUGACCUUGUCUUUGGGCAAGAAAUAUGAGCUAACCUAUGUGAGUUUGUCGUUCUGCCCCAAGUCACCCAAACCCGAUUCUAUGGCCAUUUAUAAGAGUUCUGAUUAUGGACAAACCUGGCAGCCUUUCCAGUUCUACAGUUCGCAGUGUCAAAAAUUCUAUGGUCGCCCGGACAGAGCCAAAAUAAGCAAAUUCAAUGAACAAGAAGCUAGAUGCAUGAACUCUCAUCAUGAUGGCAAUACCAAUCGUUUUGCUUUUAAUACCCUAGAAGGCAGGCCCUCAGCCAAUGAUUUGGAUUCUUCAUUAGUUUUGCAAGACUGGGUAACUGCCACCGAUAUACGAGUAGUUUUCCACCGUUUGGAAUUACCCAAAGAAUUGAUAAACAUACAAGCGAAAUUAGACAACAAGCCAGAUGCCAAUAGUUUUAGUGAUGAAAUGGCCAGCAGCCAAGAAGAUGAGGAGGAUGAGGAUAUUACUGAAGAUGAUUAUGACUAUAAUUUGCAUGACAAUGAUAGUGUACCCUAUGAAGACGAUUUGGAAGACUAUGCCGAGCCCAAAAAACAUUUGGAACUAGACGAUGAUUUGGAUUUAGAUUAUGCCAAUGAUGGCAUUAAUAUAAUGGCUCUAAAACCUAAACGACUUAAUGCUUAUAAACAAAAAUCCAUGAACUAUGAAAAACACUAUAAAAAUAAAGCUGCCAAUUUGGCCAUGCCCACAACCUCCUCCUCAACAACAACUACUUCCACCACAGCCCAACCAACCACCACCAAUAAAAAUUCGUAUUCCUCUGUUGCCUCCAAAAACUCACAAAAAUCUUCAUCGUUGGACAAACCUACACCUGUACCUUCUGUACGUGAUCUCUUGGCCAACUCACAACACUAUGCCGUUUCAGAUUUUGCUGUAGGUGGCAGAUGUAAAUGCAAUGGUCAUGCCUCUGAAUGUGUGGCUCAUGUUAGCUCCAACGAGGCUAAUCUCUUUAACCAUGAGGACGAUGAUGGUGGUGGCACUGGUCUAGGCAAUUUGGGUGAAUCCUCAGAUGAUGCUAUAAAUUUUGGUCGUUCUUCAUCUAUGGUGUCAGCAGCGGCAGCAAAUACUAACCUGGCCAUAAAUGCCAAACUUACAAUGACAUGUGCUUGUAAACACAAUACAGCCGGACCGGAAUGUGAAAGAUGUAAACCCUUUUACUUUGAUCGACCAUGGGGACGUGCCACCGAUACUGAUGCCAAUGAAUGUAAAAUGUGCCAAUGUAAUGGUCAUGCACGUCGCUGUCGUUUCAAUUUGGAAUUGUAUAAAUUGUCUGGACGUGUAUCGGGUGGUGUCUGCUAUAAUUGUCAGCAUGAUACAACAGGAAGAUACUGUCAUUAUUGUCGUGAAGGAUUCUAUAGAGACAAUACAAAACCGCUUAAUCAUCGUAAAGUAUGCAAACGAUGUGACUGUCAUCCUGUGGGUUCGACCGGCAAGACUUGUAAUCAUUUGAGUGGCCAGUGCCCCUGUAAAGAAGGUGUAACUGGUCUAACCUGUAAUCGUUGUGCCAGAGGUUAUCAACAGACCAGAUCGCAUGUAGCACCCUGUAUAAAAGUGCCAACAAAUGCAAAUAUGAUACAAGCUGAAAGUGCAGCGGUCAGUGAAUAUAGAGAACCCACCCAAGCAGAGGAAAUGAAAAAAUAUUGUGGCAAAUGUAAAGCAACACCAAAAAAAUUGAAUUUAAAUAAAUUCUGUAUGGAAGAUUAUGCCAUUCUUGCCAAAGUUAUUGGCCAUGAUCGCGCCUCACAGGACAUUAGCACUGAGAAAUUCUCCAUCGAACGACAAAAUGAAAUUUUCAAAUACGAAAUCAACAUUCAAACGAUAUUCAAACGAAAUGCCAUGUCUGGCACCACAAGUUCUAUGCUGAGUAGGGGACACAUGAUGUGGCUGGUGCCGCGUAAAAAUUUAGAGUGCCAGUGCCCUAAAAUUAAGUUGAAUAAAUCAUAUUUAAUUUUGGGACGAGACUCGGAGGCGGCACCCGGCUAUCUGGCCAUCGGUCCCAGUUCCGUUGUAUUGGAGUGGAAAGAUGAGUGGUCACUGCGUAUGAAACGUUUUCAACGACGAGCGCGUAAAUGUAGUUGAAUCGAACCGGAAGCGGAAUAUGUCAGAGCGGAUUUUAAUUUCGUACAUUUGGAACGUUAUAGAUUUUUGUAUAAAUUGUACAGUUUGCUCAAAUUUUUAACUUUCUUUGGCAUUAUGCUAUAAUUAGAAACAAAUAAAUCAAUAAUAUUUAAUUAAUAUAAAUACAUACAUACUUAUAUAUAUAAAAAAGGAACACAAACAAACACACACACACAUAUAAACAAAUACAAAUAAUAUAAUACAUACAAACAUAUACAUAGAAAUACUAACACUUACACAGAGAUAGACAGAUGUAUUAAACAAAUUAAAAAAAAAUUAGCUUUUAAAAUAAUGAUUUACAUUUUUACGUUUAGUUUUAUUAUUAUUUUUUCAAAUUUAAUUUUAAAGCCCAGAUACUUAAUUAUUUUUACUACACACACUCAUCACUCACACAAAUAAAAGUGGAAUCAAAUUCAACACUCUCACACACAUCAACACAUAUUGUUUUAAAAAAAAUAUUGAAAUUAUGGCCACAGAACAGAACGGAAAAAGAGAAGAAUUUUUACCACAAAUUAUGGUUAAAACUAACGAGGGCAGAAGGAUUAAAAAGCAUUAAAAUAAAAAAAAGAGUAGAGGCAACAAAAUUUAUAUUCAUGCAUGUCUAGAGCUGUGUAAAAUCAUGGUUAAUUAAUUAUUCAAUGAAAAUCCCUUAAGGGAAUAUAGAGAGAUUUUUUGUUGUUUUUUAAAUUUUUUUAUUUUCAUUUAUAAUUUAAUUUUGUACUCGUAUUGUGAACAAACUCGUAAUAAAAGCGAAAAAACUUAACUUGAUAAAUAAUUAUUAUUAUUUUAUUUUUUAUUUUUUGUGUUUAUUCGUCAUUAACGUUUUUUUUAUAAUAAUUAUUGUAGUUAUUAUUUUGUAUAUUUAUUUAUUCAAUUUUGCCAUGUUUUUCAUUUUCCCCAAAUGUAUUUUUAUGCAAAUAUUUAAAAUAAAAACAAGAAUUAACAUAAUAAUGAUAAUGGAUAUACAUAUUUGAAAAAUACUUAGUUAUAGUGAUAAUAUGUAGUAAGAGAUUGCGGUAGAAAAUAUGAUGGUAGUAAUUUAUCACCAAAAAAAAAUUAAGAAAGAUUUAAAACAAAAAUAAAUUAUGUAAAAUCACAAAAUAUCAUUGACAUUUUCUUUUAGGCUGUGUUAACGUUUUUUUAUUUAAUUCAAAAUUCGUUAACUUUAAUUUUAAGAUGAAUCUAAUUUAUGUCUGUAAUAAAAAUAAUAAUAAUAAAAUAUUUUUAAUUAAUACUUAAACUAUCCAAACAAA